CGGCCUGAAAGUCUACCGAACCGAAAGGAGGGACGUUACUUCUCUGUGGAACUUCUCGUUCUUCCCUCUCUCUCCCGGAAAGAAAGAGCCGUCUUAUCAGUGUCUGGUCUCUCCCCCUGCCACAGAAAAGGAGUGAAAGAGCAAGAGCAACUCUCCACCCAGAAUCGGAAUAAUCGCGUUUACAAUUGAAAGUUUCUGCGCACUCAUUCAAUGGAUUCCUGUUUUGCUUUAGUCGAGCACAUCGUUUCAUUUCCCUUCUCUUCCCUCCUUUCUCUGCUAUAAAUGAAACCCUGGAGGAACGCGUCCCACUUCUCCACGAGGGCUCCCUCGUGCUUCAUGGUUCCUCUUCCUCCCCACCGCCGUCGGCGCCGUCAUCGUCAGCGUUCAUGGGACACAACCAGCUCGGUUCUCCGCUCGAGAAGUUGUUCGUCGACGAACAUGGUGACGACGCCGGCAAGCUCGACAUUGAUGUCGACGACGGUACCGCUCAUCAGAUCAGCCACGAUCCUUGGUACCAAGUGGCAUUUGUUCUCACCACUGGAGUGAACAGUUCAUACGUAUUGGGUUACUCUGGGACGAUCAUGGUGCCUCUAGGUUGGGCAGUUGGUUCAAUUGGACUGUUUGCAGCUGCAGCCAUCUCGUUGUAUGCGAAUACGUUGCUUGCACGCCUUCAUGAGGUCGGAGGAAAGAGGCACAUUCGAUAUAGGGACCUUGCUGGCCAUAUUUAUGGUGUUUGUGUUGCAGGCAGAACGAUGUAUUCUCUUACCUGGGCUUUGCAGUAUGUAAACCUAUUCAUGAUCAACACUGGUUACAUCAUUUUGGCUGGUCAGUCUUUGAAGGCAAUAUAUGUGCUUUACAGGGAUGACUCUGUGUUGAAGCUUCCUUAUUGUAUUAUAAUUGCUGGGAUCGUGUGUGCCAUGUUUGCCUUUGGAAUUCCACAUUUGUCAGCUUUAGGGGUGUGGCUAGGGUUUUCAACAAUGUUCAGUCUUAUCUACAUUAUAGUAGCCUUGUGUUUAUCCGUGGCAGAUGGAAUUAGGACACCAGCAAAGGACUAUCAUAUUCCAGGGUCAGGAGCAAGUUUAAUGUUCAACUCAAUUGGGGCUGCUGCGAACCUUGUUUUUGCAUAUAAUACAGGAAUGCUUCCAGAAAUACAGGCAACGGUGAAACCCCCUGUGGUUAAGAACAUGCAGAGAGCACUCUUGUUUCAGUUCACUAUUGGCCUUAUACCACUCUAUGCUGUUGUAUUUGCUGGGUACUGGGCUUAUGGUUCCUCCACAUCAUCGUAUCUCCUCAACAGUGUUACAGGCCCAGUCUGGGUGAAAGGAAUUGCAAAUAUGGCUUCCUUUCUGCAGACGGUGAUUGCACUGCAUAUAUUUGCUAGUCCGAUGUACGAGUACCUGGAUACAACAUAUGGAGGAGAUAAUGGUGGACCAUACUCUUUACACAGUAUCUCAUUCAGGAUUUUUGUUAGGGGUGGCUACCUGGCAGUGAACACAUUUGUAGCUGCUAUGUUGCCCUUUCUUGGUGAUUUUAUGAGUCUUACAGGUGCAUUUAGUACGUUCCCUCUAACCUUUGUUCUUGCCAAUCACAUGUACCUCAAGGUGAAAGCCAAUAAAUUAACAAUCCUGCAAAAGUCUUGGCACUGGUUAAACGUUGUUGGGUUUAGUUGCUUGUCUGCAGCAGCUGCUGUUGCAGCCAUAAGGCUCAUCAUGGUAGAUUCAAGAACGUAUCACCUGUUUGCAGACCUUUGAAUAAGGUGGCUGCUCUCAGCUGAAUAUUUACAGCAAUUAAAUUUGCCGAAGGAUAUAUCCACUUUGGCCUUUAUAUUGUUAUAAAGAAAUUCAUGGUGCAUUUAGAUAUCCAAUCAUUGAAACGUCAUGAACAGUUAAAUAUUUGAAGAGAACACUUAAUGGAUGAUAUUUUCUUA